CAAAAGUUAUGGCUAAAAUAGUGUUUGUCAUGCUAGCAAUUUGUUUUCUUACAAAAACGGAUGGCAAGCUUAAUCGGAUGAAAACUGUGACUAAAAAAGAGAUGCUGGACGUUGUGAAUGGUUUUGUGACCAAUGAGGACAGGUAUUCUUGGUUGUUAAGUUAUGUGGAACAUCUGAAAUUUCCGAUUUUAGGUUACUCAGUUCGACAUUAUCAUAGGCUUCGACCAAAGCAAAUGAACAACCCAACUGACAGCUUUGAAGAAAACAUUGGAGAAACAGACAAUGAGGAUAUAAAUGCAUUACAUAAUGUCAAAAACUAGCAAAUAUAAGAUGUAUUUAAAGCAAUGCUUUGCAUAUAGGAUACCAUUUUUGCAUACUGCUACAUUUUCA